UUUAAAUUGUGAGCGGCGCACUACCUACGCUCCGACCGAACAAUCUUCCACCCUUUCGAGCACUCUCGACCCUACAAGAUGGCUGAUUCUCUUACUGAAGAGCAAGUCUCCGAGUUCAAGGAGGCUUUCUCCCUCUUUGACAAAGAUGGCGAUGGACAAAUCACUACCAAGGAGCUUGGAACUGUGAUGAGAUCUCUCGGACAAAACCCUUCGGAGUCUGAGCUCCAGGAUAUGAUCAACGAGGUGGAUGCUGAUAACAACGGCACCAUUGACUUCCCUGAAUUUCUCACAAUGAUGGCAAGAAAGAUGAAGGAUACCGAUUCUGAGGAGGAGAUCAGAGAGGCUUUCAAGGUUUUCGACCGUGACAACAACGGAUUCAUCUCCGCAGCAGAACUCCGUCAUGUCAUGACAUCCAUUGGUGAGAAGUUGACAGAUGAUGAGGUUGACGAGAUGAUUCGCGAGGCUGAUCAGGAUGGUGAUGGACGAAUUGACUACAACGAAUUCGUUCAACUCAUGAUGCAGAAGUAGACCCUCUCUUCUUUCGUGCUUUUCUAUCUGCGUGGCAAGCGAGCAGGCAUCGAUUCUUGCAUGGAUUCAUGGACAUCAGGACUUUGGUGAUGCGUGGAGAU